ACUCCUUUAGAUCGUUCGUGUUGCUUUGAAUAUCGAAUGUCUGUCGUAUUAGUGUAUACGUAUGCAGCUCUAAGCUUGAGAUAUUUAUUAUUUUAGUUACACAAUUUCUUGAAAGUAAAUUAAAAAUGUUUAGUGGAAAAUGUACGAGCAAAGCAAGACUGGAUAAUAAAAUUGCCAUCAUAACUGGAUCAAAUACUGGCAUUGGAAAAAUCACGGCAAAAGAAUUUUAUAGAAUCGGAGCAAAAGUUAUUAUGGCGUGUAGAGAUACCAAAAAAGCCGAGCAAGCCAUAUCAGAUAUUGUUGCUGAAGUAAAAGGAGAAAACUUAGGAAAAUUGGUUGUGGAAGAACUUAAUCUUGCUUCAUUUAAAUCCAUUAAACAAUGUGCGAAAAAUAUCUUGCAAAAAGAAGACAAAAUACAUCUUCUUGUUAAUAAUGCUGGAGUAAUGCUUUGUCCACAAAGUAAAACCGAGGAUGGUUUUGAAACACAAUUUGGAGUGAACCACUUAGGACAUUUUUUAUUCACGUCACUAUUAUUACCAAGAAUUCGAAGUUCAGCACCCGCUAAAAUCAUAAAUGUAUCUUCGCGUGCUCAUUUGAAAGGAACAAUCAAUUUUGAUGAUUUAAAUUUUGAUAAAAACUAUUCUUCUUUGACUGCAUAUUGCCAAAGUAAACUGGCUAAUGUUUUAUUUUCACUAGAACUAUCUUUGAGACUUAAAGAUACAGGAGUUAAUGUGUAUACUCUUCAUCCUGGUAUCGUAAAAACUGAAUUAGGUAGGACAGUAGACCAAGUUUACUUCCCUGGCACUAGGUUUCUUUUAGGACUGGUUUUGUAUCCUUUUAUUAAAACUCCAGAACAAGGUGCUCAGACUACAUUACAUUGUGCGAUAGAUGAAAAAGCCGGCCAAGAAACAGGUCUUUACUACAGCGAUUGUAAGGUAAAAGAACCAUCUGCUAUGGCAAAAGAUAAUGAACUAUCAAUGAAACUAUGGGAUAAAAGUAUCGAGUUGGUUGGACUAACAGGAUACGAUAUGUUCAAUUCACCUGGAGACGUUAUUCCAGAACCAUUAAAGAAUGUUUAAACAGAAUUUAUAUUUAUUUAAAAUGAAGUAUUAAAGUGUCCUAUAUUUUCGUAUUUUCACAAAUAAUAUUAUUUAUUUUAUUGAUUCCUAAUUUAAUUUAUUAACUAUUUAACUUUUUUUUAUAAAAUUUGUGAUUUUUUAUAUUUUUA